AUGCGUGAUCUUUAUUUGAAUAAACCGUUAUUUGUGAAUGAAUAGGUAGUACUUGAGGUAAAUUUGUAAGAAUUUGAGCCAGUUCUUUGUUCAAAUAGUGAAUGCGCACCACUUGAUAUUGACUAAUGUAAUCAUUAUUUACCGUUAUUUGUUACUUGAAAAUAUUGAAAUUGAAAUUGUAACGUCACAGUCUUUACUACAAUUGACUUGAGUCCUUACAAUUUUAGAAAUUCGUCUCAGACAAAUUAGAGACAUUUACUUUCGUCGGCUAAUUUUAGUUUUUGCAGAAUUUGUAUAAAAUAUUGAAUAGAACAAAGCGCCAAGAAAAUGGGCAUACGCACAGUGAUUCUCAUAUUCUUUGGCAUAUGCUCUUUUGCGUGCGUGGGCUUAAUUCUGGAAGGUGUGAUGACCGGCAUGGGAGAACGUUCAGGCUUAGGCUGGUUCCUUUACACAAGUAGUCCGCACAUGUGGGCUGGCUUGGGCGUCGGACUCUGCGUCUCGCUGUCUGUUUUGGGCGCUGCCACUGGCAUAUAUAUGACAGGCGUCAGCAUAGUCGGAGGAGGCGUGCGGGCGCCUCGCAUCAAAACGAAGAAUCUCAUCUCUGUGAUAUUUUGUGAAGCUGUCGCCAUUUACGGUCUAAUCAGCUCGAUUGUAUUCUCGGGCAAUCUGCAAACCUAUGUGAUUCACAAUGUGCUCAACAAUCGUAAAUUUAUGACGCGAAACAUGUUCACAGGAUUCGCCACCUUCGGCGCCGGCCUCUCGGUUGGCUUGGUGAAUCUCAGCUGCGGCAUUUGCGUUGGAAUUGUGGGCUCUGGAGCAGCUCUAGCGGAUGCUGCCAACUCGGCCUUGUUUGUCAAAAUAUUGAUUGUGGAGAUCUUUGGAUCAGCAAUUGGAUUGUUUGGCCUAAUUGUUGGCAUUUACAUGACAUCCAAUGCGGAAAUGGUUAAUUGAUUAAUUUUUAUUAAACACUAAA